UUUAAUUAAAAUAAUAUAUAUAUAUAGUUGAAGUUUACAUAGACAUAGAUGGAUAUAAUCCAUGUCCUUAAUCAUGGAUUCUGUAUUUGGAAAUUAGCUCAUUUACUAAAAUGUGUGUGUAACCCUAAAUCAGAACUUAUGACACUGCUGUGGUCAGGUGUGCAGCACAUGCAGAGUAGGAAACACUCGGGCUCCCACCUGAGGGCAAAGAUAAAGCCCUGUGUUCUCCUUCCCCCUCACAGCUCACAAGAGCAUUUGUGGUCUAUUUUGUGCUAUUUUUUGAAAAACAAUAAUUUGUUGUUUUAAGUGACUUCUCUGUUUAAGAUACUCUGGAGUGUAGUGACGACGAGCUGUCCAGUGCCGAGCACAAGCGGCUGUGAGGAGCUGUACGAAGAUGCAUAGGACAGCUGAGAGCUAUCCUUUCCUGCCUACAGUGAUUGAUGGAGUGGUGCUGCCAAAGGCACCAGAAGAGAUUCUGGCUGAGAAGAAUUUCAACACUGUCCCGUACAUCAUUGGGAUCAACAAGCAAGAGGCUGGCUGGAUCAUGCCGACGGGGAUGGGCUUUCCAUUCUCUGAAGGCAAACUGGACCAGAAGACAGCCAACUCCCUCCUGUGGCAGUGCUACCCCUUGACUAAAAUUUCUGAGAAUCUGAUUCCAGCGGCCACUGAGAAGUAUUUAGGAGGGACAGAUGACCUUGUCAAAAAGAAAGACCUGUUCCUGGAUUUGAUUGCAGAUGUGAUGUUUGGUGUCCCAUCUGUGCUGGUGUCCCGUGGCCACAGAGGUGAGUCUCACAUGUUGGAUGGCAGAGGGACAGAGGUUCACUAGCUAGAUUCCCUGACC